AUGGGCUCCCAGGACUCCUUCCUGGAAGCCAACCUUUGUAAGGGGGCUGGGUCUUUCGAUCUGACACCUGACACCCACCCCACCCCGUGUCCUGUCCUCCUGAGUCACCAUUGGGGGCACUUUGGCCAUCGUGUGUUUGCACCCGUGUCUGGGCCAGGUUUGAUCCUAGGAGCACCCUCAGCCUCUGGCUGCCCAGGAGCCUGUGAGACCAGAUUGUCAGAAGGCCUCACCCCUGAGGAAACCCAGACAUCCUGGGACAAGGACAUCCCUGCGAUUAACCAAGGGCUCAUCCCAGAGGAAGCUCCAGAGAACAGCUUUCUCCUCGAGGGGGACAUCCUCCGGCCGAGUCCCUUCCGGCUGUUCUCGGCCACCAACGACAAGUGGCCCAAGAGUGCGGGCAUCGUGGAGAUCCCCUUCCUGCUCUCCAGCAAGUAUGAUAAGCCCAGCCGCCAAGUCAUCCUGGAGGCAUUUGCUGAGUUUGAACGCUUCACGUGCAUCAGGUUUGUCCCCUACGAGGGCCAGAGGGACUUCAUUUCCAUCGUCCCCAUGUCUGGGUGCUUCUCUAGCAUAGGACGCAGUGGAGGGAUGCAGGUGGUAUCCCUGGCACCCAGCUGUCUCCAGAGGGGCCGGGGCAUUGUCCUGCAUGAGCUCAUGCACGUGCUGGGCUUCUGGCAUGAGCAUUCGCGGGCCGACCGGGACCGCUACAUCCGCGUGAAUUGGAACGAGAUCCUCCCAGGUUUUGAAAUCAAUUUCAUCAAAUCUCUGAGCAGCAACAUGCUGGUGCCCUAUGACUACUCGUCCGUGAUGCACUAUGGGAGGCUCGCCUUCAGCCGGCGCGGGCUGCCCACCAUCACGCCGCUCUGGGCCCCCAGCGCCCACAUUGGCCAGCGAUGGAACCUGAGCACCUCUGACAUCACACGGGUCGUCCGGUUUUAUGACUGCAGCUCGAGUGGCCAAGACCCCCGUGGGAAAGGGUUCCAGGCCCACAGCAAUGGGAGGAGCCCCACUCCUGCCUCCAGACCAUACCUGCAGCAGCUUCUGAAGGCACUUUUGGUAGAAUCCAGGAGCCCUGACCCCAGAGACUUUGGGGCUGAAGGCCAGCAUGUUGCCACAGGGCCGGAAGAGAGCCCACGUGUGUGGAAGUCCCCUGCUCUGAGGAAUUUUGGGGUGGAGGCUUCUGCAAAGCCACCCCAACCCCCAGCUGCCUCCCUAAGGUCAAGGCCUGGAGUGGGUGUUCCUAGCACCCUUCUGGAGCAGUCCUGGCAGGCCCAAGUGCCAGCUGUCCCCCCAGCCCCAUCUCUAGAAGAAGACCAGCUUGUACCCAUCCAGGCUGUUCUGGGAAGCCCAGCUCUACCAGGAGCCCGUGCACCUGCAAGUCACUUUGUAAGGACACCUGGAGGUCAAGACUGUGGCUUCUGUCCCCAGGCAGGGAUGGCAUCCUCUGCCCAGAAGAGCCAGCCCGUGUAAGCCUUGGUCCCUCUGGGCAGCACUCCGUCUGCAGCCCCACUCUGGCUGCCCUGCCUGAGACCCAGGCCAGCCUCUCUCCCUGCCCUUUCCUGUCCCUGGGGACAGCCGGGCCCCCUAGGUCUGUCAGAGGAAGGCAGGCCUCUAGGGGCAUGUCUAACUCUGCCUGCUCUCAACUGCUGCCUCAGCCCCGGGGUUGGGGGGUGGGGGGCUCUGGGAACGGGAGAAAAGACUUCUCCAGGGACAGGGAACAAGGCCUCCUGCAGCUGAGGCCCAGCCCCUCCAGCAUGGACUAACAGUACUGCCUGGGGGUGGGAGCGACCCCUGGCGGGGACCCUGGGAGCAGCCUCCAUUCUUCAUGUCUGUGCUGGGAACGUGGUUCUGCAGCCGUAGCCUCCAGCCCGGCUCGCCAGACUUUCAGAAUCCAACUUCCUUCUGUGUUGCACAAGGAGAUGAAGAGAUGGGGGCCCUCCAGGACUGUGGGCAAGAAACUUGGCAAGAAUAAAACGGCCCUGAAGUCAGGAACCAAAGCUGCUGUCCACCCUGCAUCAGUUUCCAGGGACCUUGUCUCUACCCGCUGCCCCCUCGGUGUCCCCCGCCCCGGGGUCUUGGUCAGAGGGGGCCCUGGAAGGGGCAAAGGGACAUGGCGGUCACCCUGCUUGUCUUCUUCAGCCGAGCUCCACUCCUUCAGCUCCUGGCCUCCCUGGCGAGGGCUGUUCCAAGAACAAAGGAAUUCCAGGAAUGCCAGUGAGCGGGCCAGGAACCCUCCAGCGGUACUGUUCUUGUGGCUGGCUUGCGAUGGGGAUGUGAGCAGAAGCAUGUGCCCUGUCCCUGUGGGGCCAGGUGCCUCAGAUGUUUUGGGAGAAGGCAGAAAUAAAGUUGGAUACUUGC